GUGACGUACGAACCGUGACGUUACCAGGUGAAAGAUCGUGCUACUGUUAUUGUUGUUUACAUACAAAUAAAAAUGGCCGAUCACGAAUCAGGUCGGGGAGGAUGCCGACAGGGUUGUUCACAAGAGUUUAAAGUGUCCAAUUUCCUUCUGGAAUAUGACAGACCACACCAUUUUGUCCAGUUUCAGUGUGGGAAACAGAUACCAUAUUUGGUGUGGCGGGUGCUAUGGGCUCUAUACCACGUGGUCUGGAUUAUCCUAACAGGCGUGUACAGCUGGCAGUGGGCGGGGCCAGAUCCGAACCAACAAGUAAAGUGGUUUAUAUACCUGACCGACUGGUGCUACUUCAUGCUGACCAUGUCCACGCUGUUAGACAUGGGAUGUGUCGUGUACUCUCGUGCUAAACGAACGGACAUUUGUCAAGGGUUGGCUUUCACAAAUCCAUGGUACUUCAAAUUUAACUGGGUAGUUUUCAAUGUGGCCAACACUUGCAGUAUCACCGUAUCUAUCCUGUACUGGGGCCUCCUCUACAGCAGUUCCGAGGUAAUGACUGCUGUGAACAUUGAAACUCAUGCACUAAAUGCCGUCUACGUCAUCAUGAACCUUUUUGUCACCGGUAUGCCAGUUAGAAUCCUCCAUCUUUGGCACUCGAUGGUUUACGCUUUGGUUUACGUGCUUUUCUCGUUGUUUUACACGUUAGGAGGAGGCACCAACCACGUAGACAAGAAUUAUGUCUAUUCUGUUCUGGACUGGAAGGGUAGCACAGGGUUCACUCUAGGUAUUUCUAUUGCUGUAACCUUUGUGGCCAUGCCGCUGGUCCAUUGUUUAUGUUAUGGAAUGUACAGGCUCCGACGAGUAGUCUGUUGUUGUGACGACGAACAUGUGAUUGACACUAAGGAGGUGGAGCUAGCAUACCAAGAUAACCCGUCAUAUACCGCGGACACUCGUUAAACAAUGAUACACUGGGCAAUAGAAUGUGCACUCGUAUAAAAGUGACAGGAAUGUAAAGAACAACAAAUACAUAUAACAUUCUGAAACGUAAAGAUGUACAGGUCAUUUCGGCCACAUUUGAUGAAUUAUGUGUAUGCCAUGUAUGCAAUGCCAGGUGUUGUCACGGAAAGGCUAUUCGACUACAUUUGUGACUUGUUUGUCUUUGCGUAAUCCUUAUUCCUAGAUGCGCUUAUGUCUGUGUGCCCCCUCAUCUCGAUUCAGUACUUUCUCCUUCAGGGUAUCCAGAUGGCGUUUUAUACUUGUCUGUAGAACAUGCUACCUCUAUAUUUCUUUAAGUUAAUUUAUCAUAAAACUCUUGGAGUAUGUCUUAUUUCAAACCGUAGGCCAGUGCUUUGCGGGUUAUAAUUGAGUUUUACUAAUAGCAUUAAAACUCAAUCGGAACCUCUCUGAUGUACUUCACACAUAACCUCGGGUGGUAUGUAGGUUUAUGACUAUGUAAAGAAUUCAAACUUUUUGGUUCGUCGGAUACGGCUACCACAGUUGGUGUAGUUUAUGAGUUGUAAUAAUGAAAUUAUCAAAAAGGUCCAACAUUGAUAUAUAUAUAUGAGAGAAACAUGUCCCUGUCACUUUUACCUCUGACUACAGGAAAUUUAAUGCUGUUUUGAAAAGUUAAGUCUGAUUGUAUCACAACAACUAGGGCGUUUUAUAUUACUCAAGUAUUUAUACUUAGCUCUGUAGAUAUAUUUUGUAAUCAUUGUAACUAGCAUAAGGAACUACUGGAAAUCAUCAUCUACAAAAUCAUUAGUCAUAGGUUCCAUACCUAGUGAGUGUCCCUGUCUUGUUAUGUUUCAUAUGUGUGUGUGUGUGUAUAUAUAUAUAAAUGUAUAAGAUUAAGAUGACGAUGGUAAGGUAAUAAUAAACACCGGUACAUUACUGAAAGAUAUAACAGCGACAGGGAUCACAAAGUUAUUUACAAACUUUUCUAUGCUACCAUGCUUUUUAUCCAGAUGACUUGAUUAAGGGACAGAUAUAUCCGUGAAAUUUUGACGAAUUUCAUCGCUCACCUUGUCGCUCUUUCUUCACCUAUCAUGUAUAGACAGAGGUCACACAACGAGUGGUUGUUGGAUACGGUAUUUCUUUCAUCCGAGUUAGUUAUUUAUCAAAAGUUACAAAAGAACAAGAGCUUUUACCGAAUAACAAAAAAGAGAGGGAAAAAAUGCCAUAUACAACAACCACGAAUCUGUGUGACAUGUUUCUACUACAAUAAUAAAUGUUAUUUGAUGAAUGGACAUGUUCUGUA